UGGAGCUGCCGCAGAUCAGAGACGAGAGUUUGUGUAGGGGCGGGUGGAGGAGACUAGUAUGAGUGAAGAAAGAGGAUUAAAUGGCGAUUUUUAAACGGAGGACUUGUGCUGGGACAGUGCUGAUAGUUUUGCUGCUCCAUUUUUCAGGUACUUGGUGCUUCACUGAGCUUUUUUUCAUGAGGGAACCACAUGAUGUUAUUGCUCUGAGGAAAGACCCUGUGGUUCUUGAUUGCCAGGCUCAUGGAGAGCUUCCAAUUACCAUUGUGUGGCUAAAAAAUGGGCAGAGGUUGGUGGAUAGUGAGCGGACAUACGUUUUAUCAAAUGGAUCACUUUACAUCACUGAGGUUGAACAUCGUAGAGGAGAACGAUCAGAUGAAGGCUACUAUGAAUGUUUAGCCCAAAAUAAAUAUGGAGCCAUUCUGAGUCAGAAAUCCCACCUCUCCGUGGCCAGUAUGUCUCCAUUUGAGGUCCAGCCAGUUCACACAGUGGUAAGGGAAGGGGAAGUGGCACGAUUUAUCUGCAAGAUACAUGCAAAUCCUCCACCAAUCAUCACCUGGGAAUUCAACCGGACAGCACUGCCCCUAGCUACCGACAGGAUAACUGCUCUACCAACAGGAAUCCUUCAGAUCUAUGGUGUUGAGAGACAACAUGCUGGACUGUAUCGUUGCGUUGCCACCAACAUUGCAAACAGGCGCAGGAGUGCAGAAGCCAGUUUAACUGUUGUUACAGCAUGGGAACCAAAGACAUUGAAAAAGCCAGUGAUAAUCGCAGGUCCCCAAAAUAUCACUGUGCCUGUGCAUCAGACAGCUAUGCUGGAGUGUGUUGCCAUUGGUUCCCCUAAACCUCUUGUUUCCUGGAGUCGAUUAGAUCACAGAUCUAUUGAUGUUUUCAAUACACGUGUUCUGGGGAAUGGGAAUCUGAUGAUAUCUGAUGUGAAGGUUCAACAUGCUGGAAUAUACGUGUGUCGAGCCACCACACCAGGCACACGCAAUUACACUGUUGCAAAAGCUAUGCUUACAGUGUUGGCACCGCCAUCUUUUGUUGAGUGGCCUGAAAGUCUCACCCGUCCUCGUGCUGGUACGGCCAGGUUUAUGUGUCAGGCUGAAGGUAUACCUACACCGAAGAUUAGUUGGCUGAAGAAUGGGCAAAGGAUUCACUCCAAUGGACGUAUCAAAGUCCAGUAUAGUAGCAAAUUGGUGAUAAACCAGAUCAUUCCUGAAGAUGAUGCCAUUUACCAGUGUGUGGCUGAAAACGAACAAGGAUCUGUUCUUUCAGUAGCCCGACUGAUUGUUGUAAUGUCUGAAGACAGACCGAGUGCACCUCGAAAUAUCCAGGCUGAAACUGUGUCAAGCUCAGGGAUUCUUCUGUCGUGGCAAAGACCCAUGUAUAAUUCUGAUAAAGUAAUUGCAUAUUCUGUUCAUUACAUGAAAGCUGAAGGUUUAAAUAAUGAGGAAUAUCAAGUGGUUAUUGGGAAUGAUACAACUCGUUAUAUUAUUGAUGAUUUAGAGCCAGCCAGCAACUACACGUUUUAUAUUGUUGCAUACAUGCCUAUGGGAGCCAGUCGAAUGUCGGAGCACGUGACCCAGCACACUUUGGAAGAUGUCCCCCUGAGGGUGCCAGAGAUCAGUUUGACGAGCCUUAGCCCAACCAACAUCCUGAUCUCAUGGCUCCCUAUUCCAGCAAAAUUCAGGAGAGGUCAUAUCAUUGCGUAUCGCAUUUACUAUCGAAAAAGCACAGAACGUGCUGUCCACUUGGUGGAGCUUCCAGGAACUAAAUUGGAACACCUGCUAGAAGAUGUAGAAUCUGACAGUAGUUACCUUGUUCGGAUCUCUGCAGCAACCAGAGUGGGGUGGGGAGAAUCUUCAGUCUGGACUUCCCACAGAACCCCAAAAGCUACCAGUGUCAAAGUCCCCUUGGCCCCAGAGCUGCGUUUAGAGCCAUUGAAUUGCACAACAAUUGUGGUAAGAUGGAAACAAGCAGAGGAAAACAAUGUACAAAUCCAGGGAUACAGACUCUGCUACAGGGAGGAGAGCCAGCAGGAAACUGGUCCAAUUGAACUCAGCAUGCGGGAUUCCCAGUAUACCAUCAGCGGACUAGACCCUGGAAGGAAGUACCAUAUGCGCUUGCUGGCAUACAAUUACAUGGGUGAAGGUUAUCAGGCAGAUCAGACUGUGAGCACCCCCAGAUGUGUGUCUGUUCGGGAUCGCAUGGUGCCUCCUCCACCCCCUCCUCACCACUUGUACGCAAAAGCCAAUAGUUCAUCUUCUAUCUCAUUACGGUGGGGGAAGCCAGCCUUUACUGCAGCACCAGUGAUCAACUAUACCAUCCGCUGUAACCCUGUGGGGCUGCAGAAUGCAUCUCUUGUCAUGUAUCUUCAAACGUCUGAAACGCACAUGCUCGUGAAUGGUCUACAACCCUUCACCAAGUAUGAGUUUGCAGUGCGUCUUCAUGCUGACCAGCUCUCCAGCCCCUGGAGCCCCGUGGUUUAUCAGUUGACAUUACCUGAAGCUCCAACCAAGCCACCGUCAGGAGUCAAAGCCACUUUGAUAGAAGAAGGAACUGCUCUGGUUUCUUGGAAGCCCCCAGAAGACACACAAAUGGCUGUCACUCGUUACACCAUCCUGUAUGCUUCCAGGAAGGCCUGGGUCGCGGGCAACUGGCAAGUGCUCCACAGGGAAGGAACGAUUACUAUGGUUUUGCUGGAGAACCUUGUUCCUGGAAAUGUCUACCUCAUUCAAGUAUCUGCGUCAAAUGAAGUAGGAGAGGGACCAUUUUCAAAUGUUGUAGAACUGGUGGUCCCUGCUACAGAGACAGUGUAUUUCAGUCAAGGGGCAAAGUGGUCUGACUCCGUCAACGGCGCAGAUGCCAAAGCCAAAUCCGAUGUGUUUUACCACCUGGACCAAAAGUCAAUGACUGGGAUCAUCGUUGGAGUCUGCAUUGCCCUGACUUGUAUUAUCAUCUGCAUCCUUAUCCUCCUUUAUAGAAGCAAAGCAAGGAAAUCUAAUGGAGUCAAGGCUGAUCAACCAGGAAGUGUUCAGUUGGCACAUGUGACGAGACCACUUGUCAGUGGAAACCAUCUGGCCAAGAGCAAGGAUGAACAUUGGGAAAACAUGGAAACCUUAAUGCCAAUGAUGGCUGAGAAUGUCUACUUGGAUACCAAGGGUGGAUCUGAUUUGAUUAUUAGCAGCUCUGGUCACAGAAAAGAAAAGACCAAAAAGUGCUUAUUUUUUGGAACAAAAAAGAGAUCAACAAGCACAUCCAAGGAGAAUCAGCCAGUCAGAAGAAAUGGGUUUGGUUUGACUGGGCUGACCUGUGAAGAACUGAGUGGCUCGGUGCUGAUUCCCCCCACAACCUUGCCAUCUGUGUUUACUGCCAUGGGAGAUACAGAAUAUUCACACAAUAGUGAUGGAAGCCAUGAAACUGGAGAUUCGGGCAGAUAUUCCCAUGAUUCCAGAGAGGAGAUGGAAAUGUCGCACCUUUCUUCGACACCUGUCUUCCUGGGGUCAUCUGUCCAGGCAGAAACUGCCAGCAUUCCGGCCUUGUCUACCUCAGAGGAAGACCAAUCCCUAUUGGUCGUUUCUCAUUCCACCACCAAUGACCUGCUGGCACUGCCUCGACCAAGCCAAAUGACGUCAAAACCAACCAGUGAAAACACCAACAACCAAUUUCCAAUCUAAGUAACCUGAUCCAGUUUCAGCAUAAUUUAUCUGUACGAUGGACAAGUGUGCAGGAAGCCAAAGAACACUUUGGAGAGAAAGUCACUCCAGGUUCUUACAUAACUUUGCUUUAUGAAUGUUCCAUUUGUUUUUUUUUAUUUUACCCACCAUGAAUGUCUGUAUGUCAAAAAAUGUGAAAAGGACCAUUACCAUUUCUUUUGAUUUUAUUUUGAAAGGUAUAUCAUGGAGCAGAAAUAAUAUUUCAGGCUUUCUGCUGAAAAUCUACCUCAAUCUUACCUAAUAAUGAACUCCAGUAUUUAACAGGUAUUUGACUCCAUUGCCUAAUAGUUGAUAUUUCCUUACACAAAUGUGUUGUUUUGAUAAAAGAAAUGUUUGUUGGUGUUGUUCUGCUGUGAUGUAGGGGUUGUGAGGGCUUUGCCAUGAGAGUGUUUGACUAAAGAUCUGUUUACAUGGGCAGGUGAGAUUCUAAAAUGGGGCCAUGCACAACACCUUUAAGCUGAAGUUGUUGCCUUAUUUAUUUUCCAAUUUAAAGCAAAAAGUCAGGACGGAUUUUUGAAGGUUUUGAUUUGUAAUCUCAAUCCAUGAAAUAUUAAGAUUACAUUCCACAACUGCUGUAUUUGUACUGCACACUGACAUUAAGCACUGGGGGAGAAGUAGAAGAGCUAGUCUGAUCAGAGGAAAGCAGGAACACUUUAGAUUCUGUAGGAGUUCAGUGCUUCAUUGUUCUCACCUAUAAACAUAUCCAAACUAUGCACUGCUAGCAGUGUCAAUGUAUUCCCAGUGAAUUUGAACCUGAACUGCUCUGGGUAUAUCUGCUUCAUGGAAUAUGUGUUGGGAGGCACCACAGACUAAUUGAAGCAGGCCAGGGUUAACUGAAAUGAUUACCUAGAUGUUUCCUGUUGUAGAAACAGGAAAAUACAAUGCAGAUGCAGAAAUUAGGGAAAACAUGCCUCAUGCAUUGACCCCUAUCACAGCCCUGUGCCGUCCUAGUUGAAUUCUGAUUUCAUGCAUUCUAACAGAUGCUUCUGAAGCUGUCUGGUCCUUUUCAACUGGAGUAUAACAUCCAGUGGGAUGAUUCCACUUUAUUCAUACUAACUUUUGUUUUUUUGAAGGGGAAUGUUGUAGCAUUUAUUAGUAAGUUUUGUUAGCUUUAAGUGUGAUAUCUAGAAAGUCAAGUAAAAUGUUAUCUAAAUAUUCCAAGGGAAUUUCUACUGACACUUUAGUGAUCUGUUUCAAUGAGUAUGUGGACUCCUAGUCCAAUGUGUUUUGCAGCUUUGUUGCCAAGCCAGUACUGCCAAAUAUCUAACAGAAAAUCUCAACCAGAAAUGUUCAGCUAUCAUAGUAGAUUAAAUACAUUAAGUACCAGAGUUCCUCUUUAAUCAUUGCCGUCUUUUCAAUAAAUAGGCAAUACUCUUUUAAACUUGACUUGACACAAAGCCUAUCUAUUCCCCCUCAGAACUCAUCAAAUUCCUUUUAACCUUCUGAUCCUGCUGACAAAUGCACUCACUCCAUUUAACAAACUGCCAAAUGAAAAAUUAUAGCAAUAUUAUUGUUGGAAUGAAUUGAUCUAAUUGAUUUGUGAGUCCUAAAAUAUAAGAGUACAGAAGAGUUCUAAAAAUAUUUGAUUAAAUUAUUAAAGGAAUUCAUAUUCUAAAUAAUAGGAAUGUAAUUAUUUUACCAAAUUGAAAAGGAUACCAAGCUACUUUUAAAAUAAAAGAAUGUGCAUAGCUAUUCAAUAACUGCAUUUCUGCCAUAGUUUCUCCAAGUGAUCUUUCUUAUGACAACUUCAGCUUAUUGGUAUUGAAUCACGAUACUCGUUAAGAGUUACAAUCCAAAGAGCACCGUUCGGUGCCUCGUGUGUAUUUAUUUUUGGAAUUACUUGUAUUAAACAGAGCUUUACGAUACCAAAAAUGUUUAGAAGCUGCUACUCUCAUGUGCUAUAGCCUUGCAUCUCCUGUUUGAUACUACCUCUUUUUAAAAACCUAUUUUAGUGUUAUUCCUUAUCUAACCUCAGGGAUCAAGUAUUUGUUACAUUUGAACUGCCACACGUAUGUGUGUGUGUGUGGUGUACUGACAGGGUAUCUUGUUUGAAUUACUGCUUUUAAAAUCGUUACUGUGUAGCUUUUAAGAGUUAGAACAGAUCACUAGAAUUGUGUGCCAGUAAAUGUUCAUGCCAAUGUGAUGCCGAUAUAGCAAAACUACUUUAAAAUAAGCUUACCAAAGAAAAUGUACAUAAUUUUUUUCUCUAGGAUUUUUUGGGCCAUUCAACUGUUAAAUCUUUUAAUUUUAUGGUAGUUUCUAAUCAUUCAUAAGACUUGUAUGUGUUUUGAAUUGAAAUUGAUUUUCUAAUACAAUAUUACACUAGAAUAAUUGGAAACCUAAUUUAGGGAAUGAGCAAUAUUGAUGUGAUAAUGCCCAAAUGCUAUUAAAUCCCAUCCCUUAUUGGAAACAAAUCAAAUUAUAAUAAAUAGAUAUCCAAUGAUUUAUUGUCUAAAAUUACUUAAAAGCUAAUUCUUUGUCCUGUACAAAGGCAUAAGUUUUUAAUGUUUGAAUAAUGUUCUAAUAUCGGCUCAAUGAAAGAUCCUUAGUACUAACUACUGAGUACGACUUCUGGU